AUGGACGAAGACCCAGUUCCGCUAAUCAAGAAACGACAGGCCCGUCAUCUACGUGCAGCUGGGAGGGUACGUGCAACAGAUGAGGACGGGGACACUGGCGCGGAAGCCUCAGCAGAUGACUCAAGACCCCCGAGUCCCUCCGAAUCACCCGCUUCCAUACCUGCGAAACUAAAGAAGAAAAGCAAACUCGCAACGCGGUUGAGUUUUGGCGGAAAUGAUACAUCCUCUGAAGGACCUGCUUUCAACGUCAAGAAGUCAAACUUGUCUCGUCGAAUAUCUCUUCGGGACCACCCAAGUCUAGUUGCUGACACUGGGGCAUCCACAUCAGCAGCUGAGGAGCGACCUUCGUACUCUGCUGAGGACCUUGCAAGCCUCAAGGCCAGCACGCCCUCGACAGCCCUCAGACAGAAGGCCCGACAAUCAGUUGUUGUGGACGAUGAUGCGGAUGGUGGUGCAUCUGGGAGCGGUAUGGAUGAUUUUGCGUAUGAGCAGUUGAUGGGAAGUGUUGACAACAUGGAAAUUGAUACCGGUACUCUCGCUGACGAAAAUAUCACAUUGGGCACGCAAACUCGUAUUGCAUUUGCACGAGAGAAGAGAGCUGAGGCGCGGAAGAUGCCUAAACAUGAAGGUCUUAGUCUCGAUAACAGCAAAGACUUCAUCUCAUUGGACAUCAAUGGGCCAGGAGAAGAGCGAGCACAAAGUGGCCCUCAUCCUGGGAGUCGAUUAGUGAGGGAAGAUGAUGAACUUGGAGAGGGUGAUGAUGAGGCUGCAGAGUACACAGGUGCUCAAGAACGGAUAGCUUUGGGCAAGAAGGCGCGUGAAAAGGAGGCUCAAAACCGACGAGCUGCUCUGGUUGAGGCAAUUGAUGAAGUAGAGGCGGGUUCAGACGAUUCCGAAUCACGCGAAUGGGAGCUAGCCCAGGAACGGCGUGCAAAUAUUACGCGCCUAUCUCCAGAUUCGGAUGAGAAACGUGAAAUUUACCGUGCACCGCCCAUUCCCACUAUCAUACCGAUACCAACUCUAGCAGCUCAACAGGCGCGACUUUCUUUGCUUCUUGAGGAUCUUACCCGCCAGCACCUUCUGCAUACUAAAGCUCUGGACGCGGUGGAGAAAGAGCGUGAAGACCUGAGCCAGAAUCAGGCACGUGUACGGAGAGAAAUCGAGGAAUUGAAAGCACGACAGAGUCAAGUACUCCUGUAGUAUUUUCAAGCAUGUAAUUAUACAAGUGGCAUACCCGGGAGCGGCGAAGCUUUUUGGCUAACUCGGGAGCUUAUCGGUGUAUAUUAUGUAAGCAAUGCCAAG